UUGGCAACACUUAUACGUUUGUUUUGGAAUCCGAACUUCCAGAAAAGCGAAAACUUGCAUACGUAACUAGUUACGUUAAAUAAAAUAUGGCUCGGCAUAGAAAUGUCCGUGCGAUUGAUGCAGAUGAAGAAUAUGAAGAUUAUCACUCAUGUUAUGGGCAUUCAGUUGAAGACGAUUUUUGUGCAUCACCUAGUACAGAAGCGCAAUUUCUGUACAAUCGUAAUACCCGAAGUCAAAAUAUGAACGCUUUUUUCGGAUCUCCAGAACCUGUUCCUGAAGAAGAAAAUAGUGGUGACGAAAGUUUCAAUAAUUCUGACUCCACUAACCAUCUCAUCUCUGGAUUGAGUGAUGUAGAUAACGCAAAAUUACAGUCUUGUGUUUUAGCAUUACAGGAUGUUGUUGGUGACACGAUUCCAGAGAUAAUAUUGCAGCAAGCUGCGAUCGAUCAUAAUUUUGAUCUUGAAAAGGCUCUAAAUGCCGUUCUCCAGGAAAAAGCUCCAAAACCGCAACGUGGUAAAAAGCCCAAACCUGCGACAACACCAUCUGCAAAUGCAAUUCCGAAAAACAAAUCUGAAAUCCGCUUAGAAUCUGUAUCGGACGGAACUAACAAAGCUGAUAAAUUGGUUACUAGUAAAGCAAAAGAAGUACAAAGGAAAGAAAUUACAACGACGGAUAAUUCCAAUACAUUUGAUAAAAAAGAACCCGAAGAAAAAUGUAGUAAAGGUGAUAGUAUCGGCAAAGAAAAAGACAAAUCGCCUGUGCCAUCAUCUGCGACUGAAACUCAAACUACUAAUGGAAAGACCGAUGAAGAAUCAAAAUCAACAACAGUCAAAUCUGCAAAAAAUGAAAAAAGUGGCAAGGAAAUAUUUAGUGCUGAAAGAGGUGAUGUGAAACCUCUAAUCAAUCUUGUUGUAAUAGGACAUGUUGAUGCUGGCAAAAGCACUUUAAUGGGUCACUUGUUAUAUGAUCUAGGAAUUGUUUCCCAGCGAAAUAUGCAUAAAUUUGAAAAGGAGUCCAAGAAACUUGGAAAAAGCUCUUUUAUGUAUGCAUGGGUUUUGGAUGAAACUCCUGAAGAAAGAAAUCGUGGAAUAACCAUGGAUGUGGCUUUCUCCACUUUUGAAACUCCUAAUAGAUCUGUUACUCUUUUAGAUGCUCCAGGCCAUAAAGAUUUCAUACCUAACAUGAUAACAGGAGCUGCUCAAGCUGAUGUAGCUAUAUUGGUUGUAGAUUCAAAUAGAGGAGAAUUUGAGACUGGGUUUGAAGCGGGUGGUCAGACCAGAGAACAUACCAUGCUGAUUCGAUCUCUUGGUGUUACUGAAUUGGCAAUUGCAGUCAACAAGAUGGAUAGUAUUGGAUGGGCAGAGGAAAGGUUUCAAGAAAUCAAGGCAAAGAUGUCAUCUUUUCUGAAACAAGUUGGCUUCAGAGAAAGUGAUGUUAAAUUUGUUCCUUGUAGUGGUCUUACUGGUGAAAAUCUUGUUAAAAAUCCAGAUGUCCCUGAAUUGAAAAAUUGGUAUUCAGGUCCUACUUUGCUUGAAAUUAUUGAUAAUUUCAAACCUCCAGAAAGACUUGUUGACAAACCUUUCCGAAUGUGUGUUGGUGAUGUAUUUAAAGGUGCCACUGGUGGUUUUUGUGCAGCUGGCAAAAUUGAAGCUGGCUUUGUCAAAAAUGGGGAUAAAGUCCUUGCAAUGCCUGCAGGCGAACAGGCUAUUGUUAAAGCAAUAUCCGCUGAUGAACGAUCUUUAACAUAUGGUUUUGCUGGAGACCAUGUUAUGUUGCAGCUCUCUGGUGUUGAUUUUAACAACAUAUCUACUGGUAGUAUGCUAUGUAGCAUAGAUAAGCCAGUGAAAGUGACUUCCAGAUUUGAAGCUCGGUUAGUCAUUUUCAAUAUCUCUGUUCCAAUCACUAAAGGCUUUCCUGUAAUUUUACAUUAUCAAAGCUUAAGUGAACAAGCUUAUGUGAAAAAGCUGAUAUCUCAGCUGAAUCGUAGUACUGGUGAAGUAGUGAGAAAUAAACCAAGAUGCUUAACCAAAAAUUCAAGUGCUGUGGUAGAAAUAGAAGUUAAUAGGCCUAUUUGUAUUGAAUUAUUUAAAGAAUUUAAAGAUUUAGGAAGAUUUAUGUUGCGAAGUGGUGGUUCAACUAUAGCUGCUGGUUUAGUAACAAACAUUUCAUGACUGACAUAAAAAGUAUAUAAUUGACUGAUUUGAGCUCAAAUUAAAAGAGCAGCAUGUAUAUUCAAUUAUCUUGUAUCUUGAAGAUAAUAAAAAUGCAUUGCAAAAUA